GGGAUACAAUGGACAUCCAGGAUGCAGUUGGACGAUCUAGACUUCGCAGAUGAUCUGGUCCUUCUAUCCCAAACGCAACAACAAAUGCAGGAGAAAACGACCAGUGUAGCAGCAGCCUCAGCAGCAGUAGGUCUCAAUAUACACAAACGGAAAAGCAAGAUUCUCCGAUACAACACAGCAUGCACCAAUCCAAUCACAAUUGACGGAGAAGCUUUUGAAGAUGUAAAAACCUUUACAUAUUUGGGCAGCAUCAUUGAUGAACAGGGUGGAUCUGAUGCAAAUGUGAAGACGCGGAUCGGCAAAGCAAGAGCAGCAUAUUUACAACUGAGGAACAUCUGGAACUCGAAGCAACUGUCAACCAACACCAAGGUCAGGAUUUUCAAUACAAAUGUCAAGACAGUUCUACUGUAUGGGACAGAAACCUGGAGAACUAUGUAA